CUAAACGUAUUAUAUUCAUAUUAAAUGCAGAUGGCAACACUUGCAGUCGUUAGUCUACGUUAUCAUUGUGGCGGCUGGUGUUUAGGAGAGGAGUAUCUCACCUCUGGAGGGUAGGACAGGCUGCUUCUACUCACCCUGCCAGAUGACCUCAUGGUGGUAGUUCGAGAGGGAGGAGGAGCUCCACAGCGUUCCUUUGGACUAUCUUAGGAUCCAUGUGAAGAUAAGCUUAGAGAAAACUUUUCCACCCGGAAAAAUCCAUGACUUAAAACAGGGUGACGACGGCGAGGCGAUUCUCGGAAACAGCACCAUGUUCAAAUCGGUUCUGAAGAAGAACAGAGAAGGAGGAAAGGGGAGCAAGAAGGAAUCAGCUGGCGAUGCUCCAUCCGAGAGCAUCCCACCACACCCAUACACCCCGGAGGAGGUGCUGCGACUGACCAAAGGAGUGUCCAUGUCGCUGCCCUCCUCACCCCUCCUGCCCCGACAGACCUACAUGAUGCCCUCACGCGCCUGCAAGAAGUCGCCAGGACCAAUCAGAAAGCCCAAGUAUGUGGAGAGCCCUCGCGUUCCUGGAGACACCAUCGUCUCAGCACUGAGGAAGGUUGCUGACAACAAGGAGUCCUCCCCCCAUAAUGAGCUGCGAGCUGAGAAAGAGCCAAGCUCCUCCUCCCCUGCCACUCAGGAACUGAUGACAAGGCUGGGCUUCUUACUGGGAGAAGGGAUCCCGGGCUCAGCACACAUACCUAUGGAAGACCAGAAUGAAAAGAAGUGUUUAAUCACCACUCAGGGCAUCAGUCCCUGCUCCACUCUGACCAGCAGCACGGCGUCUCCCUGCACGGACAGUCCCUGUUCCACCCUCCACAGCACCACCAGUGGCGGCGGAGGAGGUGGAGGAGGUGGAGGCCGCGCUCCCACACUCAGCUCCGGUCCUGGACGCUCCAGCCCCUGCGGCACCAUCACCUCACCCAGCUCCACACUCGAGAGCAAGGACAGCGGCAUCAUAGCCACCAUCACCAGCUCGUCGGAGAAUGACGAGCGCAGCGGCUCCAGCCUGGAGUGGAGUCGCGACGGCAGCGGCAGCAGUAGCAUGAGGGGUGGCGCUCAGCCGCACGGGCAUCACGUGCCACACGUUGCCCGGCCUGACACCUGCUCGCCCGUGGCCGAGGAAGAAACCGCCAGCUCGUUGCCCGACAACGCCGCCACCGCCACCACCACCACCACCACCACCACCACCACCAGAGCUGACUUGACCGCGACCUCGGCGACAGCAACAGCAGCCGCACCACUCUCUGUGGCGGUCUCCGCGUCGAUGGCCAUGCCUCCCACGUCCCCCACCGAGGGCCCCGUGCAGUAUCCCGCCCAGAGCUCCGCCGGCCUCAUGAUGCCCCGGCCAAACUCCGUGGCAGCAACAAGCUCCACCAAACUGGAAGACCUGAGCUAUCUUGAUGAGCAGCGAAACACUCCCCUGCGAACGUCCAUCCGCCUGCCCUGGCACAACACAGGAGGCCGGGCACCCCAGGACUCAAAAGCUCGCUUCACGCCCUACAAGCCGGCAGACAUCAUGCUCAAGCCGCUGCUCUUCGAGGUGCCCAGCAUCACCACCGACUCGGUGUUCGUGGGGCGCGACUGGCUCUUCCAGGAGCUGGAGGACGCGCUGAGGGGCGGCGAGGCGGCGUCAGUGUCGGAGAGCCGCGGUGCCGUGGUGGUGGGCAGCGUAGGCUUCGGCAAGACGGCCAUCAUCUCACGGUUGGUGGCACUGAGCUGCCACGGCGGACGCAUGCGCCAGAUCGCCUCCAGCAGCCCCAGUGCCUCCCCCAAGGGUGGUAGUGGGCACUCGGACCUGCCCCUGUCCCAGCCCCCCCAGCCCACGCCGCCCCCCAGUGCCACCAACACCCUGAGCAGCAGCUGCCCCAGCACCCCUGAGCUCCAGCGCCGCAGGGAGGAGGCCGUCAGGCGCCUGGCUGCCAAGGUGGUGGCGUACCACUACUGCCAGGCGGACAACACGUACACGUGCCUGGUGCCGGAGUUCGUGCACAGUGUGGCGGCGCUGCUGUGCCGGGCACCGGUGCUCGGCGCCUACCGGGAGCUCCUCCUGCGGGAGCCGCACCUGCAGAGCAUGCUGAGCCUGCGCUCCUGCGUCCAGGACCCCUCGGCCGCCUUCCGCCGCGGCGUGCUGGAACCCCUGCUCAGCCUGCGCAAGGAGAGGAAGAUCCCCGAGGAGGACCUCAUCAUCCUGGUGGACGGCCUGAAUGAGGCGGAGUUCCACAAGCCCGACUACGGAGACACCAUUGCCUCCUUCAUCACCAAGAUCAUCGCCAAGUUCCCCCCGUGGCUCAAGCUCAUUGUCACCGUGCGGGUCAACUUACUGGAGAUUACAAGCCUGCUGCCCUUCACUAAGAUAUCCCUGGACGAGUACCCCGACAACAAGGACAUCGGCUCGGACCUGAACGCCUACAUCCAGUACCGCAUCAACGGUAGCAAGGACAUCAUGAACAACAUCUCGCUCAACGGAAAGGCCGACCCGCUGAUCGUGGGCAAGGUCAGCAGCCACCUGAUGUCGCGCAGCCAGGGCUCCUACCUGUACCUGAAGCUGACGCUCGACCUGUUUGAGCGCGGCCACCUGGUCAUCAAGAGCGCCAGCUACAAGGUGGUGCCCGUCUCGCUGGCCGAGCUCUACCUGCUCCAGUGCAACAUGCGCUUCGCCAGCCAGGCGGCGUUCGAGCGCUGCCUGCCCGUGCUCAACGUGGCGCUGGCCUCGCUGCAUCCCAUGACGGACGAGCAGCUGUUUCACGCCGCCAACGCCGGGAACGCGCGCGGCGAGCUGGCCUGGGAGGACUUUCAGCAGCGCGUGGAGCUGCUCGCCGGCUUCCUCAUCCGGCGGCGCGACAAGACGCGCAUGUUCUGCCACCCGUCCUUCCGCGAGUGGCUGGUGUGGCGCGCCGACGGCGAGAGCUCGGACUUCCUCUGCGACCCCAGGAGUGGCCACGCCCUCAUGGCCUUCAUGCUCUCAAGACAAGAGGGGAAGCUGAACCGCCAGCAGACCAUGGAGCUUGGCCACCACAUCUUAAAAGCACACAUUUUCAAGGGUCAGAGUAAGAAGACGGGUGUGUCCUCUAGUGUGCUGCAGGCUCUGUGGAUCAGCUGCAGCACGGACAGCCUCUCUGCUGCUUUGGCAUCCCUCAGGAACAUCUACACACCAAAUGUCAAGGUGAGCCGUUUGCUGAUGCUGGGCGGUGCCAAUGUGAACUACCGCACCGAGGUGCUGGGCAACGCGCCGGUGCUGUGUGUCCAGUCACACCUGGGCCACCUGGAGAUGGUGACGCUGCUGCUGGAGCACGGGGCACGCGUGGACGUGGUGGCCGAGAACGGCAUGAGUCCGCUGUGCUUCUCCUCCGCCGCCGGACACCAGGGCCUGGUCAGCCUGCUCUGCAAGAGGGGAGCCAAGGUGGACCAUGUGGAUAAGAGUGGGCAGUGUGCGCUGGUUCACGCCGCCCUGCGGGGCCACCUGGAGGUCAUCCAGCACCUGCUGGAGCUUGAGUGGGGCGGCGAGGGCCCGCAGCAGAGCCACGGGCUGAAGAACAAGGCCCUCCAGCAGGGCCUCAUCGCCGCCUCCAGCAUGGGACACACACAGGUGGUGCGUGGCUUGCUGGCGUUGAGUAAUGAGCAUGCGGUGCAAAUUGAUGGCCAUGACACUCUAUGGGGAGAGACAGCUCUAACAGCAGCAGCGGGCCGGGGGAAGAUGGAUGUGUGUGGCGUGCUGCUGGAGGAGGGGGCAGUGGUGCAGCAGGUGAACCGCAGAGGGGUGUCCCCACUCUUCUGUGCCGUCAGGCAGGGCCACUGGCAGAUUGCAGACUUGUUGCUGCAGCAUGGCGCUGAUGUCAACGUAAGUGAUAAACAGGGCCGGACGUUACUGAUGGUGGCGGCCUGCGAGGGCCAUCUCAGCACUGUGGAUUUCCUGUUGUCAAAGGGGGCCUCUUUAACGUCCAUGGAUAAGGAAGGGUUAACGCCCCUGAGCUGGGCGUGUCUGAAGGGCCACAAGAAUGUCGUGCAGUUCCUCGUGGAGAAGGGCGCGGUCAUCGACCACACGGACAAGAAUGGCCGGACGCCGCUGGACCUGGCUGCUUUCUACGGCGAUGCCGAGAUUGUGCACUUCCUAGUGGAGCGCGGGGCGGUGAUCGAGCAUGUGGACUACAGCGGCAUGAGGCCGCUGGACCGGGCCAUCGGCUGCAGAAACACCUCGGUGGUGGUGACCCUGCUGAAGAAAGGAGCCAAGCUGGGCUACCGAACGUCUCCUUAUGAUCGAUCAGGAAACGCUGCAUGGGCCAUGGCGACGUCCAAGCCUGAUAUCCUCAUUAUCCUCCUGCAGAAACUCAUGGAGGAGGGCAACCUACUCUACAAGAAAGGGAAGAUGAAGGAGGCAGCUCAGCGGUAUCAGUACGCGCUGAGGAAGUUCCCUCGCGAGGGCUACGGCGAGGACCUCAAGGCCUUUAAGGAGCUGAGGGUGUCUCUGUACCUCAACCUGUCCCGCUGCCGCAGGAAAACCAACGAUUUUGGCAUGGCGGAAGAGUUUGCAACAAAGGCACUCGAGCUGAAACCGAAGUCCUACGAGGCUUAUUAUGCCCGGGCCCGAGCGAAGAGAAGCAGCAGGCAGUUCACGGCUGCGCUGGCGGACCUGCACGAGGCGACCAAGCUGUGCCCCAACAACCGGGAGAUCCGGCGCCUCCUGGCUCGGGUGGAGGAGGAGUGCAAGCAGAUGCAGCGCGCCCAGAGCAAACAGCAGGGGGCGAUGUGCGCGGCGCUGGUGGCGGCCGGCGGCCAGGACUCGGACCACGAGGCCGAGCGCGGCGACGACGGCGGCGGCGAAGACGACGCGGCGGACCACAGCCUCGGCCGCACGCUGGACGGACACCACCACCACCACCACCACCACGGCGCGUCGUUCAGCGCGAGGGACGACGACGACAGCCCGCAGGCGGACAAGCGGGCCGAGGCCUGGGCGCAGAGUGCCUACUCGCUCAGCCGGACGCUGGCGGAGGCGCGGGCUGGCUCGCCCCCCAUGGGCAGGCCGGCACACAAGUACCCGCCGACCCGCGACUCCAUGGCCCAGCCGGGGCCCCUCAUGCAGCCCACCAAGCAAGCGCAGAUCGUCAAGACCAACCAGCACAUGAACUCCCUCCAGGCAGGCGGCCGGCCGGCGGCUCGAUCCCAGUCCCAGUACGCUCCCUCCAGCCCCCUGCCCAGCCGACACAUGUCCAGCGCGCUCAAAGCCGGACCGGGCAUCGACAUUAGCCCGCUGUUGCCCCCCAUCGAUGAGCCGGCGCCGGGCUUCGCCGAGCGGCUCUCCCUGGCCGCUCCGACCCACCACUGUGACUCUGAGGCUCUGUCGCCGUCCCAGCUCUACGGGACCGGCUCGGCCAAGGCUCCGGAGCGGCUCUCGGCGCACUCGGCCUCCUCGCUGGACGCGCUGGCCUCGGGGGCACCGGGAGGCCCUGGCGGUUUGCCCCAAGAUCUGCCGAGGGACCCGUCCGGCAGCGCUGCCACAUCGACGUCCACCAGCGGCGGCUCUCAGGCGGGCAACAUGCGCGUGUCCAGCUCCACCAGCAGCCUGGCGUCCAGCAGCAGCCUCUCGGACAGCGGCAAGCUCCAGGGCCCUGACGUGCGCUCCAAGACCACCGCCGCCUCCUCCUCCUCCUCCUCGUCCGACAAGACCAAGCCGGUGCCCACAGGCUCCGACUACAAACCCAGGCCCUUCAUGGGCAUCAUGGACAAGACUGCCCGCUUUCAGCAACAGCUGCAGCAACAGCAACAACUGCAGCAGCAACUGCAGCAGCACCCGGGCCACCCUCCCGCGAGCCGCGGCUGGCAGAGCCACUCCUCGGAGGGGCUGGUCAGCCACAGCAUGGCGGCCCUGGGACUCCAGGCUGUCCCCUGCGAGCUGCCCUACAGCAAGCCGGCGAGCGCAUACCACCACGAGCAGCUGAAAGCUCCGUCUCAGGGCCUGUCCUCCGCCACCUCCACCUCCACCUCCUCCUCCACCUCCUCCUCCGUUGGCCUGCACAACGGCAUGCACGCCAAGGAGUUCGCCGAGAAGUUCUGCCAAGUGGCCACCUGUUACAAGGAGUCGAAGCCAGCCAUGGCGCUGCCACACUCCUACCUGGACGGCAAGCCCAAGCAGCCAGGCUUAGCCCGAGAUAAUCCCGCCAUUCAUGUAGCCUCGAUGAAACCAAAGCGAUCAUUUAUAGAGUCCAAUGUAUAGAGGUGUUCUUUUGCUCACCCACUGGAAGAGUAUAUCUCUCUAAAUCUCACAAGUACAGAACCAUGUCAUGGGCUCAGUUUGAUUUGUUUAGGUUUCAUUCUCAUACUCAUUUGUUGCUGUUUUUUGUUUUUAUUUUGCCAUCUGCCUUGAAUAUCCCUUUGGUUUUCGGCGUUGAGCUUUCUUGUUUAAUUAUGUGGACCAGAGACAGCUCUUUUUAACUGCUAUUUUGGACUCAAUCUGCACUCAUCGUCAGCCAGCAGCUUCUGUUACAGGACUAAAAGCUCCCUCUGAUUCAGCCAAGCUGGAGACAUUUGACUUGGAAACGCUCAAAUGUGCUGUCAUGUACUCUUAGCAAGUUUUUUUUUUUUUUAAAGUGGUGCAACCUCGGUCAUAAACUGUGUCAAAUAGACCUCUGAGGAUGUGGUCAUUUAGUAAUCUAUAAUGGAUUUCUGUGUCUGUGGGAUUUUCUCAAUGAGAGAAAUAUACUAUCAGUUAGCUCUCGUGUAGUGCCAAAUAACGAAAGGAUCUUGGGCAAAACGGGAGCAUUUUCAGAGUGCGCCUAGCACCAGAGCUUGGCAGGUGUGAUCAUUCAAAACCCCUGAUGUUCUUUUCCCAUCAUGAAAAUUGCUUGGACACAGAACUCCAUCCAUGGACUUAAACUAUGGCCUCCUUUUGUAGUUGGUCCUCAGAGGUCUAUACAGUGCUCAAGUGUUGGGGAGAGGGGUGAUGAAGAGAGGGGAACAGGGCAAGCCUGUUGCCUAAGCACAGACGUGGGGCCGUAUCCCCCCCACCAAACAGUGAUGGCACUUUACUAGUGAACAUAAGCCUUUUCCAGUGCUUACACUACAUGUACAGAUAGAAUUCAGGUGUGGGGAUUGGCCUGUGUGUGUGUGUGUGUGUGUGUGUGUGUGUGUGUUUGCGCUCUGUUAGUGGUGCUGUUGUUGAAGGACACCAAUGCAUAGGUGGACAGUAGUGGCUUUACGAGAUGGGCAUUCCUGUGUUUUGUAAGAGGGUGUGCAUCCUCACUCCUGUGUACAUAGCUGAGCGAUAAUGUAUUUUUUUGCCCUUCUUUAAAGUGAAGGUCUGUGUCUGUGUAAUUGACUUGUUCAAAUUAUGUGUAUUUUGAGUUCUAUUUUAACUUUUUUGGGGCGGGAGGGAGGGGGGCAAUCAAAAUGUCAUUUGAGGUUACAAAAAAAUAAUGUACUUGUUUGUAUGUUUGUACAUUAUAUAAAUCUGCCCUAUAAUGUUCCCAAAAUCCCCAGAAUUGGUUCCUCUCUGUAUCUGCUUGUUGUUGCUGUCUAGGUUAAUUUAUUUACAGCGCCUAUGGCUUGGUAAUUGUAAAAGCAAUAUAUUUUAUAUAGUUAUUUUUGCACAGCUACUAAGACAUUUUACAAUAAGCUCUAAUUGAGAACUUUUGGUUUAAAGUGCAUGCCACAGUUGCAGUUUAUAAUAAAGAAUUUAAAAAAACGAUAAUUACAAAAAAAAGAUAUUGGGUUGAGGGCAUUGGUUCUAUUUUAAUAUGUAUGUUACUUGCAAUUGUUGCCAUGUUUCCAGUAUUGUGAGCUGUUAUUAUCUGUAAUCACAUACUGUAAUGGUGCAUUACUGCCAUACUCACCAUGGGGGGAAAUAAACUCCACUCUUUAAAAUCUAA